GGCAUGACAAGCUCUAAUAAUAGAUAUGAUAUGUUACACAGAGCAGCAUAAUAGCUGACACUCUUAGUGUUAAUUAUAGCAGAUGGGUGGUGUCGUGCCCGUAAGAAGCACAGCGCGUAUGUAUUAUGUAAGAAGGCAAUUCGAUGACAUAUAUCACAGCCAGAUUUUAAUAAAUCAAAGAAUAAUUCUGCAGUACAGUGUAAAAUUACUUGAUAUAGGAUAUUCCAUACUAUUUCUACAUAGAAUAUGAAAAAGUUUUAUAAAUAUUUGCCCAGCAAACGUUUAUACUAUAUAAAUAUGUACGUCAAGAAAACGUAUGUUAUCAAGCUGACAGCUGCAUUUGGUAUAAAUUAAUACCA